AUGGACAGUGUUGUGGAAUUACAACUAGAGGAGAACCCAUGGAACUGCUCUUGUGAGCUGAUUGCUCUAAAGGCCUGGCUUGAGAGCAUAUCCUAUACCGCUUUAGUGGGUGAUGUGGUCUGUGAGUUUCCAUUCCGGCUUCAUGGGAGAGAUCUUGAUGAGGUCUCUAAACCAGAACUGUGUCCCAGGAGAGCUAUUGCAGAGUAUGAGAUGCGUCCCCAAGCACAUCAAACCACUGAUGCAUACUUUAGAACCACACCAGCAUCAGUCACAGCCUCAUUCACAUCCUCUGCCAUCUCACGGUCCUCGUCAAGGCCCACCAAGGGACCUCGCCAGUCAGGCAAACUAAAGUCAAAACCCACGUCUCGCAUCCACUCCAAUAAACCGCAAAACUACGGUCAAAUCGUUUCAUAUCAAACCAAAUCCCCUGUGCCUUUGGACUGUCCUACUGCCUGUACUUGCAAUCUCCAAAUUUCAGACCUCGGUCUGAAUGUCAACUGCCAAGAGAGAAAGAUUGAGCGCAUCUCUGACUUAAAUCCCAAACCCUACAAUCCCAAAAAGAUGUAUCUCACAGGGAAUUAUAUCCCUGUGGUGCGGACAUCAGAUUUCAUUGAAGCGACUGGAUUAGAUUUGCUUCACCUUGGCAACAAUCGGAUUGCUCACAUCCAUGACAGAGCCUUUGGGGAUUUAACACAGUUACGCAGGCUGUACCUGAAUGGGAAUUUGAUAGACCGCCUCACAGUCAAUAUGUUCUAUGGAUUGGAGAGCCUGCAGUUCUUAUAUUUAGAAUACAAUGUCAUUAGAGAAAUUGUGUCAGACACCUUUCAGCAUGUCCCCAACCUUCAGCUGCUCUUCCUGAAUAAUAACCUCUUGAAGACCUUACCCGGGGAAAUCUUUAAGGGGUUGAAAUUGGCCAGACUAAAUCUUCGUAAUAAUCACCUACGCAAUCUGCCUGUCAGCGGUGUGUUGGAUCAGCUGACAUCACUGGUGCAGGUAGACUUGUUUGAGAACCCCUGGGACUGCCGCUGUUCAAUUGUGGAGAUGAAGAUGUGGCUGGAACAGCUCAGCACUGGCACGGUUGUAAACAACGUCAUCUGUGGCUCACCUAAGAGACUGUUCGGGGAGGAUAUGAGAUACAUUAAGACAAGUAAUUUCUGUCCCAAUAACUCCGAUACCCUUGCCUCCAUGAUCCCACCCUCUGAAGAAUCCAUUCCCGGCAGCACUAUCACCAUAGAAACAUCAUUAGAUGACGACACACAAAUCAACAGUGUUCCUCUAUCUGUUAUGAUCCUUGCCCUGCUCCUGAUGUUCAUAGUUUCAGUGUUUGUCGCUGCAGGACUGUUUGCGGCUUUGAAGAAGAGACGUCAAAAGACUCUAAAUGAGCAGAAUAAAUCCAUGAACGCGUGCAUUAGUUCGUUGAACAUGGAGUACGGUCUUUACAAAAAGGGAUCCAUUCCAAAAGUCAGGACGUCUGCAGGACAUGUGUAUGAGUACAUCCCCCCUCCCACAGAACACACAUGCAAGAGUACAGUCUAUAGCCCAACCCAGAGCAAGUCAGUGGAUGGGUACAGAGACUUUGAUGAGUUGAAUGGGACGUUUCUGAAUAAUCACUCAGAUGAAGAGGCGGGUAGUAACGCAAUAAACUCUGAAUACAAUGUUAGCACGCCAGAGCCACUCAACAAACACUCCCCCUUAGAAGACGAUCAUCAGUAUUACUACAGAGAUGUAGAACCAGACAAGCCAUCAUCUUACAGCAAUGCUUUACCUUGCAGGCAUACUGCCCAUUCAUCAAAUCAGUAUACGUCAGACUUCGAUAUCAGACACCAAUACAUGCACCCAGAAAGAAUACAACAGACAAUAUUGUAUUGCACAGCACCAAGUGCUGUUUAUGUUGAGCCUAACAGGAGCGAGUACUGGGAACUGAAAGCCAAGCUUCAUAUUGAUCCCGACUACCUUGAAGUUCUUGAGAAACGUACAACAUUCACCCAGUUUUGA